AUCAACGCUGCGCCCUCGACUACAUAUUACUGAACGUCGCGAUGUUCUGCUGUCUUGGUACCCUGAGGUAGACUACCCAGGGCACGAGACAUCGCUGUAUCGACUCGAGCACUUCAAGCCACCGUCAGACUCCGCGACACAGCGUGGUCAAACCAUAUACACGUAUCGGGAAGAGUGGUUCGCUAUGGCCGCUGAACUCCUGCUCAACGUUUAAACGCCGACGUUCUCCAAUUGCCGAGCCAGGAUUGCAAGCUCGCAGUAGCCGUAGUCAUGAAUCGGCCCGUCUAUCACGGUUACCCGCCGCCAGUAGCAUAUGCCCCUCCUGCCUACUACACCCUGCCGAUACAAUAUCCGAUUUCAGUCCAGGAUGUUUGGUGGCCGGCACCGGAGUCGCAUCAAGGUCAUCGCAGCGGCAGAUCGGUGUCAAUCUCUGAUCCACGCAGAUCCCGAAACGGGUUAUUGUCGAGGGCAGCAGAUGCACAAGAUCCAAUCGAGCAAGUCGUUCCUCAGAGGCCGGAAACUAGCUUCAACGCACGCUCUCGAUCGUACUCCCAGCCGCCAGCAUUCACUCGACGCGCGGGACCAGCCCCUGCGAUUCGCUUCUAUCACCGUCAACAGCCAUACUACGAGUUCACAAACUUCGCGCCGUAUCCUAUUCAUUGGGAUGGCCGCAUGUAUCCCACCGCAGAACAUCUGUUCCAAGCACACAAGUUCAUGCCAAGCCAACCAGACCUGGCGGAGCGCAUCCGCCUGCUCCCCGGAUCCCGCGACGCUCUUCAGGAAGCAGGGAACCUUCGCCCGCUGCAGCGCGCAGACUGGUUUGACGUCAACGUGCGUGUGAUGGAGGACGUCCUCGAGGCGAAGUUUGCACAACAUUUCUCGCUUCGAGACAUGCUCCUCCAGACGGGUGAUAGUGAGCUCAUCGAGGACAGUCCGGUCGACUCGUUCUGGGGAUGUGGCCAGGAUGGCCUAGGGCGAAACGAGCUAGGCAAAGCUCUGAUGCGGCUGCGCGACAAGCUAAGAGCCAGUCCAGCAUCCGCAGGCGCCCGUUUCAUAUGGACUUCUCCCCCGCCAGACCAAACGACUCGUCAGUUGCCCCAAUCUGAUCCGCACGCGCAGACGAACCGCGGAAGGACGCAGUAUCGACCGCCGCCUGUAUUGGGGCAGGACCAAGGAGAACGGAAGUGGCGGCAGCCCAUAGGAGGUGUCACAUCGCAGUCAUAUGGAAACCCCACAUUCGGAGGGGCGAUGUACUCCAGUUAAGUAUGAGAUAGGCCGGACGCCGUGAGAUGUGAACCACCAGCUCGGGUCCGCCGUCCUCGAGAACCUGGGCGAUGGGCAGGAGCAUACAAUCUAUCACUUGUAACACCGUAUCGGAUGAACAUGAGAAUCCGUGUUUUCAUGUCGCCUAAUCCUUCAAAUUGGGCGACAGUCUGUUCUUAUAUGGGCGAUCACUGCAGAGAAGGAGCAAGACUGAAGUCGU